CUUCUGGUCUGAUUGAGAGAGGAAAGAUGGCGUCGGGAGUUCCAAGAAUGGAGCAGGAUGUCGAAGAUGGAGAACUUUUGGACUCGGACUCCGAAAUGCCGGUCUCGGCUCCUUCCAGGAGUCCCCAACAGAAUGAUAGUGGUAAUCCGGCAAUAUCUUUUCCAAGCAGCAGUUCACAAUCAACAACAAGUGUUCCUUAUCGGACAGUGAAAGGUAUGGAUUCAACUGAUGAAAGUUUUUCAGAUUCUGAUGAAGAGAGUGGUCUAUGGAAGCGGAAGCGACAAAAAUGUUCAAACCAUCCUCCCCUCAAACCAGAGCCUUUCCAGUUUUCUCCAAACCCUCACAAAGAGAUCCGUAAAAAAGUCAACAAUAUAUGGGGUGAAGUUCUGCAGAAACAGAAUCAAGAUGAUAUGUCAAAAAACCUUGGGAUUCUAUGGAUGGAUGGCAACCUGGACAGAAGUCGAGGCUCCGAGACCUACAACUACAUGUUAGCAAAAGAGUUGGUGAAAAGCUCUGAAACAGAAGCAGUUAAGACACUAGACAAAGAGUUGGAAGAAUAUAUGCAAGAUGAUAAAAAGAUUGUAUCAAAAGAGGAGGAAGAAGAGGUGAAUGGACAAGGUCUCUGGAAACGGAAAAGGCCCAUAAAGGAGAAAUUCGGUCAAAGACAAGAAAUGAAUUAUAAAGGGAGAUAUGAAAUUACAGAAGAUGAUCCUGAAGAAAAAGUGGCAGAUGAAAUUGCCUAUCGGCUUCAUGAACCAAAGAAAGAUCUAAUUGCACGGGUAGUGAAAAUCAUUGGGAAAAAGAAAUCUAUUGAACUACUGAUGGAAACCACUGAGGUGGAGCAAAAUGGAGGUCUCUUAAUCAUGGAUGGUUCUAGAAGAAGAACUCCAGGUGGAGUUUAUAUAAACUUGCUGAAAAACACACCUUGCAUAACCAGUGAACAAAUCAAGGAAAUCUUCUAUAUUGAAAAUCAAAAGGAGUAUGAGAACAAAUGUGCUGCAAAGAAGAGGAGAUUUCAAGUGCUGGGCAAAAAGAUGAAGCAAGCUAUUAAAGGACUUAAUCUUCACGAAUACGAUGAUGCCUCCCGAGAGACUUUUGCGAGUGACACAAAUGAAGCCCUGGCUUCUCUGGAUGACUUGCAAGAAGGACAUGGGGAAAUAAAAUUUGAUGUAGAACAUGUUUUUGAAAUAGAUGAAGGUGAUGCUAUCUUUUGAGCACUAGGUACUUGAGGAAUCAAAAUCUUUUGAUGUCUAUAUUAAUGGUCAAUUUUAUAUCUUGUCAUUAGUUGCAAUAGUGCCUAUUAUGUGAAUCAGUCACAUGCUGGAAAGGAUCAUUUUAUUUCUCACAAUCGAUGCUUACGUUUUCAGUUUGUUUCAGAUCAUGAGUGCCAUAUAGUUUCAUUUAUUUCCUAACUUCAACAGAUACUUAACACCUGGUGCACAUUCUUUCAUCUCAAGGUUAGUUUAACAUUAGAAAACAACUGAAUGCUCUCAUCCCAGAGUAAAACCUGUGUAUGGAACUGAAUAUAACUGCAUGGAAACACUGUUUCGUUUAACUAAUAGUAAUAUAAACAAAUAUCACUGACACCCUGAUAUGGAAGCCUUUUAGCAUGAUCGUUGUUUUCAUGAUGAAUUUGGGAACAGGUUUUACCUAUGAGCCAGAUAGGUAUUCAGUCUGCUUGCAAGAUAUUUUAGAUGGAACAGUAAAGAAUAUAAUGCAGCCAUGUCAAAUAUUCUUUAUUUGGAUGCCCUUCACAGUUGAAAAAGACUGUUUCUAAAGAAGAUAUGCUCUUGUCCAGUUUGUCUCCUGUUUUAAUGAUAGAACCUGAGAUUUUGUUCCUUAAUACAAAAUGGUAAAUACUACAUGUUGCAUGCGUAGAGAACUUCAAUUUCAGCUUACGUUGACCAUUAGUUCUGAGGAAAUCAUAUAAACUUGCAAUAAUUAAAACAAACUUUUCUCUUUUACAGUUCUUUCAAUUUUCAGUUUCUUAUACCUGAGUUUUGAGCUAACAGUCCUGUAUAAAAUUAGUUGUACUAAGAGUAGACCAUUUAAAUCAGUGAAUCUUUAGUUGUGAUUUAGACUUAAUUGAUAUCAGAGAUCUGAAGAACCCUUCUGUUUGAAUUCAGCCAGCAUAAAUGGGUACAAAACUUGUCUCAGUUUCACAUUUUGUUUUGAAGUUAAUAAUUCUGAAGAUGGGAGUUGGUUAUAAGAUUUACUCACCAUUGUUCUUCCUAUUAAUUACAAUAAUCUUAAAGGAACAAAACAGUUAAGAAGUCAAGCAGCACAUUUGUCUGAAUCAUAGCAGGAGACUUAUGUAUCAUAAGUCUAAGGUUUCACAUUAUUAGAGUGGAAAUUCCAAAUCUGGUUUAAUUUUCAUUUAUAAUAUGUACAAUAAAUAAAAUUACUGGCUUUUAAAAUGUAUUUAUUUAAUUUGCCCAGACUUUUUAGGAUGUCCAGUUGGCCUUUAAAAAAAUGAAAGAGGUGGGAAAGUGAAAUGAACUCUGUGUUGCUUAAAUUAUUCUGUCAAUAUAUCAAACUUCACCACUGGUAAUUAAAUCCUUGAAGUGCAACAGCUUCUUUCAGUUAUAUACAUUCGCGUAUAUUAAAUUUUUAGUUCAAACUUACACAAUGAGUUUCAGUGAUUUUAUUGUGAAAAUAGGAGAUGCUGCUGAGCAAAAAAAAAAGUUUGUGUUUUUGUGUAUUAAAAGGAUUUGUACACUGAA